AUGAACUACCGGACAGUCAACAUGACGGCCGAUGCCAGUCCUUCGCGGCCGAUGGGCCACAGUCCAUCGUCGUCCAGGGCACCACCCAGGACACCUCACAGCGUCAGAGAAGACGGUUAUGAACGCUACUACGAAGACAUCGAUGCGGAUAUCGAAAUGGAACGAUAUACCCGAGCCACGGCGCGAAGCUUCACGCCCCGAUCUCUUAUCGCCGGAAUCAUCAUCGGAGCCUUGAUUACUUUCUCGAAUACCUACUUUGGCCUCCAGACGGGAUGGAUUAGUACAAUGGCUAUGCCUUCAGCUCUUAUUGGUUUCUCUGUUUUCAAGGUCCUAUCGAAAUACCUGUCGUACCCCUUCACACCGAUUGAGAACGUCCUUAUCCAGACUGUGGCGGGAGCGGUGGGAACAAUGCCAUUGGGGUGCGGUUUCGUGGGCGUUAUCCCGGCCUUGGAGUUUCUCCUGAAAGAUGGACCUGAUGGCCCGGCGGGAGAUGGCGGUGAGGGAGAGGGCGGGCCUCUAAGGUUAAGUUUUGGGAAAUUGGCCCUUUGGAGUCUUGGGGUUUGCUUGUUCGGUGUGGUCUUCGCGGUUCCACUGAGGAAAGAGGUUAUUGUGAGGGAGAAGUUGAAGUUUCCCAGUGGGACUGCUUCUGCAUUGAUGCUUCGGGUCCUGCACCGGAGUGGACAAGGCGACAGGAAGGCAAAGACUCGGGCUAGGUAUUCAUCUGAAGUCCAGCGGGAUGAAGAGGAAGAUGAGGUUGUUGCUGCACCGCAUGAAUCUGAGGAGAGUGGCACUCUAUUAAGAAAAGACCAUGGUGGAGAUGAUGAUGGGAAGGACUGGAGGUCAAAGAUGCGUCUGUUGGUUGGCGCCUUUGGGUUCUCCGGUGUUUACACUCUCUUUUCCUACUUUGUACCCCAAGUCCGUGAAAUUCCAAUCCUUGGUCUCUUCCUUGCGCAGAACUGGCGCUGGACGCUAAACCCGUCCCCGGCAUAUGUUGGGCAAGGAAUCAUUAUGGGACCUUCUACCUGUAUGCACAUGCUCGUUGGAGCUGUGUUUGGCUGGGGUAUCUUGUCUCCGCUGGCAAAAUCCCGUGGUUGGGCUACAGGUCCUGUGGGCGACUGGCAAACCGGAAGCAAAGGAUGGAUUGUGUGGGUCUCUUUGGCCAUCAUGCUUGCUGAUUCCAUUGUCAGCUUGGGGUGGUUAGUUGUGAAGCCCCUGGUGGCACGUGCACCUCAGAUCAAGUCUAGGAUUCUCGCCAGUCGCUUUGGUCAUUUGUUUGCCAAACCAGAUAAACCUCGGCAUCAUUCCCAUAUCAGUUAUGCUGCGCUGAGCCCUAUCACAGAGGUGUCGACCCCGGUGUCUCAUCAAAGCCCACCAAUCGACCAUCAAGCCGGCGGAGAUGCGCCGCCAUCUCAACUUAUCUCUACGCGGACUGUGGUCAUCUUGCUACCUCUGACACUAAUUCUAAAUGUUAUCUGUAUGCAUUCUGUCUUCGGCGAUGUCAUGUCUCCGUUGCUAUCCAGUCUUGCCACUCUGCUUGCCGUGCUGUUGUCCAUCAUGGGAGUCCGCGCUUUGGGAGAGACAGAUCUCAACCCUGUAUCUGGUAUCAGCAAAUUAACGCAGGUGAUCUUCUCCCUCGCAACACCCGCCGGGCAGUUCUCCCGCCGUACAGCGCUAGUGACCAACCUCCUCGCCGGAGCGGUAUCCGAGUCCGGUGCCCUCCAAGCCGGAGACAUGAUGCAAGAUCUGAAAACAGGCCACAUUCUCGGCGCAAGCCCCAAAGCGCAAUUCUACGGCCAAAUGAUCGGCAGCUUAAUCGGCGCGGUCCUCUCAACCGCCGUCUACAAGAUGUACGUGGGCGUCUACCAGGUUCCAGGCCCGAUGUUCCAAACGCCCACAGCCUACACCUGGGUCAUGACCGCUCGUCUCGUGACAGGCCAAGGCCUACCCCCGAUGGCGUGGCAAGCGUCCAUUCUCGCGGGUAUUGCCUUUAUCGCUAUCACCAUCCUCCGCAUCAUCGGCGCCUCACCUAUCGCCAACGGCGGCCAACACGGCGCCACCGCACCAUGGCGCGCAUGGAUACCAGGCGGCAUCGCCGUCGCAGUGGGAAUGUUCAACGAGCCCUCCUUCACACUCGCGCGAGCGAUCGGCGGCCUGAUUGCGUGGUGGUGGGCGCGCAAACACGCGAAAUCCAACAAAGCCAAAGACUGGGACCUCGAAUUCGAGCCUCCCACGCAGGCAGCUACCUCCGGCCGCGACGAACCUGGAUCAGGGCAUGGACACCAUCCGUCGAUGCUACUUGGGCCGCGUCACAUGGUUGAUGGCCGGUCUGCGGAACAGACGGCUGAGGAGGCGGAUGCGGUGUCGUCGACGAUUGUGGUUUUGGCGUCGGGGUUGAUUCUGGGAGAGGGGAUUCUUAGCAUUGUUAAUUUGCUGCUGGCGAGUGGUGGUGUGCCGCACCUAUAG